ACCAACACUACAAGCCAAACCCAGAGCGAGAGGGGGCUGAACCUCACGCAGAAUCCGAUCUGUCCCGUGCAGAAAAACACUAGAGAGGCGAUCUCCUGCUGGAAGUGCUUAUUAAAAGAUCUGCUCCAUAUCAGCCCCGAAUAAUUCAAAGAUAUCGCCUACAAUGGAAGAUGGCAGGGAAACAGCUGCGAUGAGAGAGCAAAAACGGAAGGAUCGACAAAUAGAUCGGUGGUGUCACACAAAUGAUGAUACUCAAGCCUUGGAGAAUGCAGACAGUGACAUUGGCUUGUGUGGUUGGAUCCUGGUGCUUUUCUCCAUCCUGCUCACAUUGCUGACGCUGCCUCUCUCCAUAUGGAUGUGCAUUAAGAUAGUGAAGGAAUAUGAAAGGGCAAUUAUCUUUCGCCUGGGACGCAUUUUACGAGGAGGAGCCAAAGGACCAGAGAAACAGAAGUGA